UCAUCAGCUAGAAGUGGUGUCUGAAGGAAUAUGCAUCGCAGCAGAUUUGACACAACCAAGAAAGGUCGAUUUUACGCAUAAAAUAUUUUAAGAUGAAAUUUAAGACAUUUAUUUAACUGGAUCGAACUGAAGAAAACCCGAUCACGUUUAUCUACUAAGAAACCCGUCAAAUGCUCGUUUCACAAUGACAGGAGUGAGACAAAGACGCCGUCUGAUCUGUUGGUGGAUUCCUGGGAUUUUGUUGCUCUGCUCUGUGGAUAUGAUUUUGGCUCAGCUUAAAUACUCUGUGCCUGAACAUGUUAAUGUAGGAUCCUCUGUUGGAAAUGUUGGCAAGGAUUUAGGAUUUGACAUCAGCACUUUGAAAAGCAGACGACUCCGCAUUGUAUCUGGUCAGAAUCCCUCUCUGUUUGAAUUAAAUCAGAACAAUGGAGUGUUGCACGUCGCGCAAAAUCUGGAUCGGGAAGAACUCUGUGACGGAAAAAAGGUUUGUUUAAUAAACCUUAAAAUUGCUAUAGAAAGCCCACUUGAAAUACAUUAUGUCAGCGUAGAAGUAACUGAUGUUAACGACCAUUCGCCUUCUUUCCCCGAAACUGAGCAGCGGCUGGAAAUAGCAGAGAAUACUCCUCCCGACACUCGGUUCCAGAUUCAUGCAGCCAGGGAUCCGGAUUUUGGCAUACAAUCUGUUCGAUUGUAUAGGUUGAAUCAAAAUGAAUAUUUCGAUAUUGAAGUCAAGCAAAGUGAGGAGGACAAAAUACCAUUUUUGGUGCUUAAAAAGCCGUUAGAUAGAGAACGCAAAGUAGAGCAUAAUUUAACAUUAACUGCUCUAGAUGGGGGAACACCACCCCGAUCUGGAAUUCUUAAUUUAACUAUAACUGUAUUGGAUGUAAAUGAUAACCGCCCUGUGUUCAGCAAAGACACCUAUACUGUGUCUUUAAAUGAAAAUGCUCCACUCGGAACUAUUGUAAUUAAAGUAAACGCAACAGAUUCAGACGAUGGUACAAACGGUGAAAUUGAGUACACAUUUGGAAAAACGCAAAAGAAAAAAGUGUAUGAUAUUUUUGAGCUAGAUAGUUUAACUGGUGAAAUUCGAGUGAAAGGGAAAGUGGACUACGAGGAGACGGAGAUAUAUAAGUUAGAUCUACAGGCUUCAGAUAGAGGCCAACCACCAUGGACAGGUGAGAGCCGAGUUAUAAUCAAAUUAAAUGAUUUAAAUGACAAUAAACCCGAAAUAGAAAUAACAUCACUGUCGAGUGAAAUACCUGAGGAUUCAAAGCCCGGCACUGUCAUUUCGCUCAUCAGUGUGAUAGACAGAGACUCGGGUGUGAAUGGAAAAGUAAUUUGUAAAGUAUCGGAAAAUGUUCCAUUCUAUUUGACGUCAUCUAUUGAAGAGAAAUGUGUACUCCUUAGUAACAAAGGAGACUUUAGAUAGAGAAGCUGGAAUCUCAUUAUACCAUCACGUUAACUGCCACAGACUGUGGAGAACCCAGACGUUCAGCGGUGAAGACAUUAGAAAUUCAGGUGUCAGAUAUAAAUGACAACAAGCCAGUGUUCAGUCAGAAUCCAUUUGAAAUAU